GUCAGUUGGCAAUGGAACCCGUCAGGCAUUAAAAGGAAAAGAAGACGUCAGGUGGCUGGACACUCAAUAAAGUAUGGCGAAACUGGGGCAGGCAGUGAGGGAUCUCUCCUCCAAUUUCUCCUCGAACCAGUAUUUUUCGCGACUACUUCUCACGUCGCCAUGGCGCAGUGGUAUCUGGGCUUCGGCACGCUGGGCAUCUGCAAGCAAUACAUCCCCAGCUCCGCAAGAUACCGGCCUAAUCGUCAGCGACAGCUGUGCUCAGCGCUUGAAAGAAUUGGCAACUGGCGCUGAACAGGCGUGCCUAAGAGUUACUGUAGAAGGAGGCGGAUGCUCAGGAUUUCAGUAUAAAUUCGAUCUUGACUCAACGAUAAACGAAGAUGACAGAGUUUUUCAAAAAGACGGAGUCAAAGUGAUCAUAGAUACAACUUCGCUGGAAUAUGUCAAGGGAUCGACAGUUGAAUAUCACAAGGAACUGAUUCGUUCGGCUUUUAGAAUAACAAACAACCCUCUAGCUGAACAAGGCUGUAGCUGCGGCGCGAGUUUCGCUAUUAAAGUAGACUGACCCAAUACAAUCAUAAUUUUUAGUAGAUAGUCGUCUCGAAUCUAAUUUUCGGUCUUCAAAAUGGUCCAUAUAUUUUUACAGACUCGCAGUGAUUGCGAAUAAAUCGUUAAUUUAUUUUGUAUUUCUUAAGUGGUAGUCGAUGUUUUAAGUCAAAUGUACUUGUAUGUACAUAAGUACAUAUACAUAUACGUAUGUAUAUAUUUAUAGAUAUAUUACGUGAAACUCUGUCACGUUUAUUAUUAGUGAGAGAUAAGUUGUUACCAAAAAAUUGCACAUAGGUUGUUGAUCAUUCCUAAUAAAAUUCGAAAAAAAUGAUCAAGAAAAACUUUAAAUUGUAUAUUUCUAUUCAUUUCAUUUACCGACGUUGGAUUUUCAAUCCCAUCAAUAACUGACCGCGAUUAUUCUGUGUUAGGUAAAAUGAAACUGAAUAUUUAACAUUGACCAAAUUCUACAAUUGAACGUAAUGGAUAUCAUUGUGUUAUUUACAUGAGAUUAUGUUGUACACUAUUUAUUAUGAUAAUCACACAGAUCAACAGGCAUUUCCAUGGAAUGUGACAUAGACCGCAGCUUAAUGCCAGCAAGUUCAUUUUUGUUUCCCUUUUUUCGCGUUCUGAAAAAUAAAAAAAAAAUAGCAAUGAUCUAUUAAUGCGUA